UGUGCAUUUCCGAAGGCGGUUCGCUCGUCGCACGCUCGCAUCAAGUGAUGGUCCGGGGUGUUUGAGGCGCGGCUUUGAAUCAGGCACAACUGUAGCCUCUCCGCAUCUGUACUGCUUCCUUCUCCCUUUUCCCUUGUGUAUCCCUAUUGUACCAUCACCUCCUUCUUCUUUGUGGUACUGUAAUGAUAUUCCAUUAAAUCACACUCAUCCUCGUCUCCUGUCCAAGCUUGAAUCCUGCUUCACAGCCCCGCUUCACAAGCGUCCAAGUCCGGCCUUACGAGACACUGACGUCGCACUAUCGCAUCGCAUCGAUCGCAGCCUUUGGCGAUACUGACAUCGACUGACGCCCACCACCACUCACGCCGCCACCAUGCCUCGGAAGAGCAAGAGCUCGUCUAUCAACAGACAUCGGUCUACGCUGUCUCUACAGAAGACUGAAAUCACCAUCCAUGUCUACGACCUCCUCCCUCCCGGCCGACUCUCGUCGAUCUUGUGGACAGUCGGUGCUUCGCUCCUUCACACCGGCGUCGUCAUCGGAGACAAAGAAUAUGCUUACGGUGGUCACGAGAAUCGCGGCACGACCGGGGUGUACUGGACCAAGCCAAAAACCGAACCUCCCGGAGGUACAUUUCGCUGCGAGAUCCUCCACGGCUUCACUCUCGCCACCGACGAAGAGAUAGCAGCUGCGCUCAAAUCCGCCUCGGACCAGUUCCCCGGAACUUCCUACAACCUCCUCACUAAGAACUGCAACCACUUUACAUCUUACCUCUGCAUGAAGCUCACGGGCCAACCCGGUCCUGCUUGGCUGAACCGUGCUGCCAGCAUCGGAGUCGCAUUGCCUUGUGUUGUCCCCCGAGAGUGGAUCGAGCCUCCUGAGUACGAUGGCGCCGACGGCGAGCUGCUUGGCGACUAUGACGACUCCGACGAGCGAUCUCGCAUGCUUCGCCACUCCAGUUCGCACCUCUUGAUGGAUAGCCACGAUGGAAGCGAAGACGGAAAUUGGGAUAGCGAGGAGGAAAGAAGGCGCGGGGGUAACGGGAAAGGGAAACAAGCCCUGAGAGACGCUGCGGGACGCCAACUUCCUGCGGCUGAGAGAGCUCCUCGGCACUAGACGACGGAUCCUUAGUUUCCUAUCGGGUUUCGGGUGCAUUACUGUCUUUACUUUACAGGCGUCUGGGGUUUGGAGCCGGGCGCUCCUUUUGAAACCGGUCCACACGAUACCAAGGGUUCUGGAUUAGGAGCGAGUCAUUCUUUCAAACAAUUCCGAGGCAAACGGAUUUGGGG